UGUUUGAUCACAACCCGAAGAAGAAAAUCCAAACAGCGAAUGGCGCUGAGAAGCUCUAAAAAACAUCGAAGUGGAGAUAAAUGUCUUCGCUUUGGUGUUUUGGUUUGUGGUUUCUUUAUUAAAUCAGAUUUCAUGGGCUCCGAUGAGUUCUGUAGGUGUUAACCUGCUGGAUGUUUAUUUCUCUGUGUUGAGCUAAUGUCUGUUAGACGGCUUCUGGUGGGUUGUGACGUGUUGUCUCUUCAAGAUGGCUGUUUGUUUUAUCCCUGCUGCAAAGGCUGCUUCUCCCGUCUGGAUGCCGAGCAGAGAGACUCCAGGUACAGCUGCUCCAGGUGUGGCUGCUGGUGUCUGAGGGAGCAGGUGGACUACAGAUACCGACUAUCACUGCUGGUGGCCAGAGAUGCAGCUACCUUCUGUGUCACUGUGUUUGGAAACAGCUUGAACUCCUUUUUUGGAAUCCAUGCAACUGGAUUACAGAGGUUGGUUGAACGUUCGGAGGGACCAAUGGGACCAUCAGCAAGAUCGGCGUUGUUGUUGCAGGCAGUUGAAGACUGUUUACUUGGUAGACACUUCAUCUUUGGUAUAAAGUUAAGCGGAACAGAAAGAGAACCAUGGCUUAAAGAUCCUGAUGGAAACCAGUCCAGCAGUAGAGAAAGAACCCAGUUUGUUGCCAGUCAGAUGAUUCUUCCCACAGCCUCAGGCCCGACUGGCUGCACAGUGCUCAGAUAUUACCAGCGUCUUCUUCAGAAAGUUUGUGAGAGUGCAGCAGAGUCUGCUCAUCCCAGCCAGACCUUUAAGCCUUUUGCAGCCCCCCUGCUGCUGACUUCUCCAAACAGCACCUUUGAUGACAUCACUCUACAUCAUUCUAGUCUUCUUUCUCAGGCUCUACUUGGAUUCCAACCUACAGAUCACGCAUUCCCUUCCACCCCCCCAUGGCAGCAGUCUCUCGGACUUGUUACGUCCUCAGCAGAGCAGGACGAAAAAUCGAGUCAGGAUGGUGGAGAUCGAGACAGCAGACUGACAGGAGCGAGUGUCUCCCUGGAUGACCAUCCCGGCACGAAGGAGAGAACAGCCCCACUCCAGUUGGGGCGCAGUUUUCACACCACUCCGUUUUCUACUGGGAUGCCAAACUCCUCGUAUAGAGAAAACAGCUUCAGUCAAUCCCAGCCAAGGUAUAAAAGCCGCAGCCUCACUCAAAAGGAUUUUCCUACCACCCUUCAAACCAAAACACCCAUAUCAAGCUCCCUUAAUUGGAAUGAUUUGCCUUUCUCUGAGAGUCUCACUGAAUAUCUAUGUAAAGAAAACAAAGAUUUUCCGGUUAAAACGACAAGUUUUAAUCUGCAGCAUCAAAAACCAACCGCAGCAACCAUUGAGGAGAACGGCACCCUAUCAGAUGAACCGGCUUAUGCUCGUCAGAGCGCUGCAGAGAUAAACGGCAGAGAUAAACUCCAGGAUAUCACGAAUACACCGGAAGGAGAUCAGGAAUAUGUUUUAUCUGAUCAAGACCGUUUUAACUGUGAUGAGCAUGUGAGCAGGUUGGAAGGCGGAGAGAUUUCAUGGGACAGUGAAGCUUUUUUUUCACCCGGAAAACAAGAGCAGCACAGUGAAGCGGACGGUUACAACUGUUCUGCCGACUUAUUCGGUGACUCACUAGUGAUUGAGACGCACACAAAUGCUGGUGCACGGCCAUCCCCCUCAGAUGCUGCUUUCCAUUGCACUGAGCUGAAUGAUCAGCAUCUAAAGAAUGAAAGCUUUGCUGGGUUAAGAUCAACGCCACACAAACAGAAACUUAAAACCAAAUUGUUUAAAAGAGAUAGUUUAGGUCUACAAGAUCUUGACUUUCUUCCUCCUACUCAAUCCACUCCAUGUAUGAAAUUAUGUGCAGCGACACAGUCACACACAGUCACUUCCUACAGAUAUUUAAACAAUGAAUCCUUAAGAGAAAACACAAUGAGAAGCAUGAGAUCCAGCAGGUGCAAGACUAAAAUCACAUCAGGAAGGAGAUCGAGGAAGUCAGAGAAACAAAAAGACAAACAUCCAGUUGGACGACAUGUAAAGCUGCAAAUACAAAGACUGAACUUUGAGUCACCGAGAACAAGCAGCCAGAGGCAUGACUCUAAAACUAGCUGUGUGACUGGUGGUGAUUACAAUAAUGGGGAGGGAAUAGUUCCUCCUACUCCUGCUCAUAAAAUGCAGCUAAAUGUUGAAUUCAGAGAGAGACAGCAGAUGGAAAAUGGUCGCAGGGAUUCCUGCUGGAACAGGAACAGUUCUGGAAGCGAUAGGUGUGAUCAUAGCAGACCCCACUGGGAUCAGACUCAGACAGUAUUUUAUGCUAACGAGUCAGUAGGUGAGAGAUAUUUGGAUGGAUCUCAGGAUCAGCCCUCUGAAGAUGUAAACAAUACAUGUGACUGGUCAAGGGAUCUAUUUUCAGACUCCAUCUGAUUGCAUAACUGCAAAAACGGAUUGAUGUUUAAAGAUGAGAACAGCUGCCUUUGAAUGAAAUGAAUCUAAUGAAAUAUUUAUAUUUAUCUCUGACAUACUUUGUGUUCAGAUUGGAAUUACGGGUCGCAGAAAAAACACUAAUAGGACAAUAUUUAAUAGUAACUCAUUUAAUGAUCAUGGCAAUAACUUACUUUUUCAAAACAAAUUUUCUACAAAUCAUAUUUAAAUCUCCAAUAAAUGUUAUUUUGUUAAAAUAUGUUGAAUUGCUUAAGCACAUUUUCCCUUGUGACUUUUUAUGAUUUGUGUUGAUAAAUAUUAAUUCAAAACCUU